UUUAAAUAAGAUGUCUAUGGCUCACAAGACGCUGAUUAAAAAAAGUAAUAUCUGUCAAUAUUACUCCAGAAAAUAUUUAACAAAUAGUAAAACAUCUCAUUAUCUCGUUACAAAAAAGAGAAAGUUGGUGGUCAGUAAAAAUGGUAUGCCUUUUGACUGAACGGUAUUUCCUUCUUGGUUUUAAUGUUGUGCUCGUUUUUGGAGUAAAUUGCGGUCCGGCAGAGUACAAAACAAAUGAUGGACAGUGUUGCCCAAUGUGUGGUGAAGGCUUGGUUGUCCGCAAAGAUUGUACAUUGGACACCAGCACGUCCUGCAUCCCCUGUGUCGGAAGGACUUACAUGAACAUGGCCAAUGGUCUUCACACAUGCUUUCCCUGCAGGCCCUGUGACCCAGGACAAGGCCUGUUCACUCGGACGGCGUGUACAACCACCAAAAACACCAUCUGUGAUGUUCUAGAUGGAUUCUUCUGUCAAAGUUACUCCUCAAACUCGGAGUGCAACUUUGCAGUAGAACAUAGACCCUGUGUCCCGGGCCAGAGGACCAAAGCACCUGGAACAAAGAGUGCAGAUACGGUGUGUGAGGAGUGUCCACUUGGCUUGUACUCUCAACACGGGGUUAACUGCACGGCUUGGACGGAUUGUGCAGCAGCAGGACAGGUCAAGGCUAAAGAUGGGACUUCUACACAAGAUGUUAUCUGUGAAGUGCCUGCAAGGAGUCAUAUGGUUUUAAUACCAUCAUUUCUGUUAAUAACAUUUGCUACGCUUUUCUGUUUUUACCUGGCAAGAGUUAAACGUAAGAAAGGUCAGUCUUCAUUUAUUUUCAAUAAUACUUAUCUCACCAUGUUUGUUUGCUUUCCAUUUACUAAUAUAACUCCUCCCACAGAACUGUCAGAGAAACCUGGGGAUGUGAUUCCUGUACAAGAAACUAAUCAUGAACCAGUCACCAGUUACUCCUGUGUGGAAACAGAAGAAACAUAGCAUUUUUGUGGAUGUGCGGGAGCAGUUAGCUGCGUUCCUGAAUCAUCCAAAUGGACUUGUGCUGAACACUGACCACUCUGAAAUCAGGCAAUUUUUCGACUGGUCAUUCGGUAUUGAACAUUAUUUGUCAAUUUAACAUUGAAGAACAUGAGGGAGUUGGAGAGACACAGCGUGAGGACAGGAACUCCCUGCUGAUGAUGGGUGACACAACACCACCUGACACUGCAGAUCUUGGUCAAUAUAAAGCUCCAGCAAGCUGCACAGUAACGGCUUCCACAGGAUUUCACCUCAUCCACCUGUGAUAAACAGUUGUUACCACGAUGUACAAAAGCCCCUGCCUUAAUGUAUGUUAGUUAUUACAUUAUAUUUUUAUUCAUUACAUGGUUCAUCGCCUUAUUUCUACAAAUCCACUUGCAGCCAAUCACAGCUUAGCUGCUCACACAUCUCACUCCACAUGGUCCUUCAACACAGACUGAGAUUGCAUAAUGAUGUGUCCUGUUGAAAGUGACUCCAAGCCAUUUCUAAACCUGUAAAUGUGUGCGUUCAAAGAACGGUGUAGAAUUAGGGGGAUGGGGGGGGGGGCAUGACCCCCCCAAUAUUACAGACAGUUCGAUGUGACCCCCCUGGAAAAGAGUGAAAAUCCUGGGAUUAAUUUAAACUAUUCUUUGUUUGAAAAUUACUUGUAUACCCUAGUUAUUAGGCCAUGUUUCAAAACAAACAUGCUAACAAAAUGAUUUUGUCGUUAAUUGCACUGUAAUUCCAUUGGAUGGCGCACACGUGUAACAUAUCGCUGCAAUAAAGUGUUUCCAAAACA